UGUGAAUCUAUUGUUAACAUAACGUAUACUUUCUGUGAAAACAUGUGUCAAACCGUUUGAUCGCUAAAUGAAUUGCAUUUUCCUUUGACUCCAAUUAUCAGCCAAUCGUUUGGACACCUCUUCGGGAACCGCAUUAACACCACGUGAUGUCUUCGGCCACACGACACGGUCUGUUCAGUGGCUUCGUUGGCCACCAAUGUCUCAAUGAUAUGAUCACCACUUUUUGGACGCCAAACAACAUCUUCUUCUCGGUUCUGGUCUUCACUUGGAUUGUCUUCGCGUGGGAUCUCUAUCUCUCCCGAAGACAGUACAAGAUCUACAAGAGUGUGACAGAAGUGCCGACAGAACUGAUCGGUGUGUUGGACACCGAGACACUCGUCAAAGCCAGAGAUUAUAACAUCGAUAAGAGUUGUUUCGGCUUUUAUUCCUCCAUUUGGAACCAAUUGCUGAGCACUUUAAUCCUAUGGACGGAAGCGAUUCCCAUGUUAUGGCACUUCGCUGGCCGUACGAUCAGUCGCGUCGGUUAUACCACCGAUAAUGAGAUACUGCAGACAUUGGCGUUCGUGUUGAUCGGUUCCGUCAUAUCGACCAUCAUUGACCUCCCGUGGAGUCUAUACCACACUUUCGUCAUCGAAGAGAGACACGGAUUCAAUAAACAGACGAUGGGUUUCUACGCAAAGGACAAAGUGAAGAAGUUUGUGAUAAUGCAGGCCAUUAUCUCACCGAUACUCUCGAUGGCCAUAUGGAUCGUGAAGUGGGGCGGAGACUACUUCUUCAUCUAUUUGUGGGCGUUUUGUUUCAUCAUAACUCUGCUGUUGAUGACAGUAUACGCCGAUUAUAUCGCUCCGCUCUUUGAUAAGUUCACGCCAUUACCCGACGGCGAACUCAAACAACAGAUCGAGAAAUUGGCCCAAAGUAUUGAUUUCCCCCUCAAGAAGCUCUUUGUGGUCGAGGGAUCCAAACGCUCGUCCCAUUCCAACGCAUACUUCUAUGGUUUCCAUAAAAACAAACGCAUUGUUCUCUUCGAUACACUCAUCGAAGACUUCCAUAAGAAUGAGGAAAAGAAGGGUAACUCGCCGCUAAGCCGGUUUUUCCUCGUGUUCUUCACGCCGACAUUAUUGCUGCUCUAUAAUCGGCAUAACCGGGUACUAUUGGGUCACUGGAAACUGAACCAUAUCCUGAAGAAUCUGGUCAUCGCUGAGACCAACCUAUUCCUGUGUUUUAUGGUUUUUCCGGAAAAUAUGGUUUUAGUUCAGGAAAUGUGUCGUAAACCAAAGAUUCUAUCAUUUCUGAUGACAUGUUUGGGCCGUCGGUUUGAGUUCGCGGCCGACGCCUUCGCCAAACACAUGAACAGAACCGCAGACCUCAGGAGUGCUCUCAUUAAGCUUAACAAAGACAACCUCGGAUUCCCGCUCUACGAUUGGUUGUACUCGAGUUGGUAUCACUCGCAUCCACCACUUCUUGAGCGCAUCCGAGCUCUCGGAAAGAUUGACUGA